AUGGCGUCCCCGGAAUCGCCUGACGAGCUCCAUGCAGAGUCUGAGACAGACACACAUCGACCGCAGCCUCCUUUUACCCCCAUCACAGACCUGAGCAUCGUCCCCGGCACAGAAUUGCGCAAACUCACCGACAACAUCAUUGUCGUCGCCGAAUCGGGUGGCAAGCUCUAUGCUCCCAUCUUUCGUCAAUUGCAGAUCCGACCGGACAAGCAUCAGGAUUUCCACAACGGCGUCAUCCGCGUUAUACGCAACAAGCACUACAAGCAGAUCCAGCGAGCCUCUGACCGUAGUCUGAAGAACGUCACCGAUCUCUUAGUCCGAGCGUUCGGAUAUAUCAUUUGGAAAACCAGCUCGGAAUGGGUUCUGGACGAGACGGACCUUGAUGAGGAGGAAGCCAAAUUGGUCUAUGUGAGAGGCAAGAAUCAAACUCCAGAUACCAGGUAUGCCCCACGGGACAGCGCUCAGUUGGACGCUGAAUAUGGCAUGAAAAUGACGGAAUCGUCACUAAUGAGCAUUGCCAAAAGGUAUCAUCGAAUCCUCGAGCCUCUCUGGCGCCAAAUGCGCAAUGUGAUGUUCAUCCGCCGCCCACAGGGCCCGGCGCAUCGAGCCAGAGCCCCCAGUAGCGCAGCAACUGACGGUGAAGACUCGUACAUGGCCGACGCAGACACCCGUUCAUCGUCACCAGCGGCCGCGUUUCAUGCACGCGCUCGUGCUCGAGCAAGUAGGAAGCUAGAGAAAUUGGCAUCUCAAAUUACACAGAGAGUUCCUGCCCAUUCCAACCAGAGAAUGAGCCCCGAAUGUACUGAGGAUGCCAUCAUCGAACUUAUUGCUCGUCUCGCCAAGAUUCGGGCCGACAGCGACCCACAAGCAUUCGAGGAACUGUGGCGAGUGCAUAUCAUGCGAGUCGAGGAGCUGGAUCGUGGACAAGGAACGAACCAAGCCACGCCGGAGAAGGAGGGGGUCACCGUCAGCGUUGUCACACAAACUGAAGAACUUCGUGGUUUCGCCGGUGACCAUGAUAACGAUCGUGAACAGGGUGCAUCGCAAUCGAAUGUACCUUUCAUGACAGACGGCGCACCACUCUUACCACGAACCCUAGUCUCCCGGUCACUCAUCCCUCCGUCUCUCCCAUCACUCAUGUCCGUGUAUAUCAGCGUCUCUUGUCUACCCACACGAAGCCAUUUCAAUUCCAUAUCCCACACGACGGCCGCACCCCUCGCGCAAGCGUACCACUGGCCCUCAGCACCCGUGGAGGAGCACACCCUCGCGCCCUUCUUCACUGGCAUAUGCUACCGCGUCGACAUUUCCCCGUCGGCCGUCCUGGGUCGGUCUGAGAAUGCCACCGUCCGGAGACCCGCCAGUGUUGGUGCUUGUUCUCUUCUAGCAGAUGAGGAAACCGGUGGCGGCGAUGACCAGGUCAAUUCCGUGGACCAUUGCCAAAACGGCGGUGUUCAAGAUCGGGAUAGCGUGGACCCGGAGAGCAUGAUGAUAGCGAGCGGUCUCCCAGAAGUCGCGGUAUCUUCCCUCAAUUCAACACCCCUAGACUCGUUUUGUCCGCCGAGUCUGGCAUCACGAAACGAUCCAGACGACUUUACGGAAGCGGAUUGGCAAACCAUCGCCCUCGGCUGGCGCGACUUCCAGAACGACCUGUGCCAUGCGGCUCGAAUGGGUGUGCGGGUCUGGAGGAUGAAAGUAUGCGUCAUUACCGCCGGGUCUUGA